AUGUACUGUUACCUCAGUAUUUUAAAUCUGUUGACAGUUUGGGUGAUGAUGGCUCAGCUCCAGCAAGGAGGCCCAGAUGAAAAAGAGAAGACUACUGCAUUAAAGGAUUUAUUGUCUAGAAUAGACUUGGAUGAGCUAAUGAAAAAAGAUGAGCCACCACUUGAAUUUCCUGAUACUCUGGAAGGAUUCGAGUAUGUUUUUAAUGAAAAAGGACAAUUAAGACACAUGAAGACAGGGGAGCCAUUUGUUUUUAAUUAUCGCGAAGAUUUGCAUAGAUGGAACCAAAAGCGUUACGAAGCUCUUGGAGAGAUCAUUACUAAAUAUGUUUAUGAUCUACUGCAAAAGGAAUGCCACUUGAAGAAAGUAACUCUCCCAGUUGAUGCAACUGAGAGUGAACCAAAGAGUUUUAUCUUUAUGAGUGAAGAUGCAUUAACAAACCCUGACAAGCUGUUGGUCCUAAUUCAUGGUAACGGUGUCGUCAGAGCAGGUCAGUGGGCCAGAAGACUAAUAAUUAAUGAAGAUCUGGACAGUGGCACACAGAUACCUUACAUAAAGAGAGCUAUUGAGGAGGGCUAUGGAGUGAUAGUACUGAAUCCCAAUGAGAACUAUAUUGAAGUGGAGAAGACAAAAGCCCAAGUACAGCUGUCUUCUGAUAGCUCAGAUGAACCUGCAGAAAAGAGGGAAAGAAAAGAUAAAAUCCAGAAGGAAACAAAGAAGCGACGUGACUUCUACGAGAAGUAUCGAAAUCCACAAAAAGAAAAAGAAACUAUGCAGAUGUAUAUUAGAGAUAAUGGAUCUCCUGAAGAACAUGCAAUUUAUGUUUGGGACCAUUUUAUUUCCCAGUCAGCUGCAGAGAACGUGUUUUUUGUUGCUCACAGUUAUGGUGGACUUGCCUUUGUAGAGUUGAUGAUUCAACGAGAGGCACAAGUAAAGAAUAAGGUAACUGCUGUGGCGUUGACAGACUCUGUUCACAACGUGUGGCAUCAAGAAGUUGGGAAAACUAUUCGAGAGUGGAUGCGAGAGAACUGCUGCAACUGGGUGUCCAGCUCUGAGCCCCUGGACACUUCUGUGGAGUCCAUGCUGCCAGACUGCCCCCGUGUCUCUGCAGGUACGGAGCGCCACGAACUAACUUCCUGGAAGAGUUUUCCAUCCAUUUUCAGGUUCUUCAGCGAGGCAAUAGAGGCAAAGAACAGCUCAGUGAAACCAACCCCAACACGCCGCUCCAACAGGAUCAAAUACGAAGAGUUGUAA